ACGUGUGGUUGAUUGAUCUACUACAGUCCGUUUUAGACAACGAAGCUAUGUUUUUGGUCGGCGAAGAGAGAAAUGUCGGAUCAUCAGUGUACCGAGAACCCGCCUAAUCUGGAUCCAAAUAGCGGGUCGGGUCAGGUCGAGAAACUAGGCGGCCUCGACACUUACGUCUCUGGUUCCACUCAUUCAAAGCUCGCCGUUGUUCUUGUCUCUCAUGUUUUCGGAUAUGAAACUCCACAACUGAGGAAACUUGCUGACAAAGUUGCAGAAGCUGGUUUCUAUGCGGUGGUUCCCGACUUCUUCCAUGGAGAUCCCUAUAAUCCGGAGAAUCAUGAUCGACCACUUCCUGUCUGGAUAAAAGAUCAUGGACAAGAUAAGGGUUUUGAGGACUCAAAGCCAGUAGUUGAGGCCUUGAAGAACAAAGGCAUAACUGCAAUUGGAGCAGCAGGGUUCUGUUGGGGUGCAAAAAUCGCAGUGGAAUUGGCGAGGCAAGAACUUGUUGAAGCUGCUGUUUUGUUACAUCCUUCUCGUGUUACGGUGGAUGAUAUCAAAGAGGUCAAAGUUCCAAUUGCUGUAUUAGGAGCUGAAUUUGAUCAAGUGUCUCCUCCAGAACUUGUGAAGCAAUUCGAAGAUAUUUUUGCUACUAAACCUGAGGUGAAGAGCUUUGUGAAGAUAUUCCCGAGAGUCAAACAUGGCUGGACUGUUAGGUACAACGAGAAUGAUCCAUCAGAAGUUAAAGCAGCAGAGGAAGCUCACAAGGACAUGCUCGCUUGGCUCAUCGACCAUGUCAAGUGAGAACUUGGAACUGUCUAAGCUUUUGCUCUGCACAGAAUCAAUAAUGAGACCUAGAAGCUGUAAGAAAACUGUUAUGUGUAUUACUGUUGAAAACAAUCAAUGUGACUAGUAGUAUCUUUAACCUUCCUCAGGGUUGGUUUGGUAUGUUCUUGAGUAGUGCUAAUGGACCUUUGGGCCAUAGCCUUAGGCCUCGUCUUAUAAUUAUUGAAAUAAUGGGGAGGACCAA